UCUUCUUCUUCUUCUUCUCGUCUGCGUUUUUUUCUCUCUUUUUUCUUCUCUCUCCUUGUUGUCACUGCUCAAGUUCGCGAAGUCGUCAUGUCGAUUGCUUUGGAUAGGGUUCAGCGGGUUGAGGAUAAAGGCUCUGGAUUCUCGCCGGAGGAUUUGGGUUAUGGAUCGGUGUUUGAGAGGUUGGAUACUGGGGAUAUGGAUCACGGUGUUGAAGGCUUUGAAAAGGAGGCUGAGGAGUCCAAUACUUGCAGCUCGGCUUCCAGUUCUUCUUCUUCGAUCGGGAGGAACAGUGAUCAGUCCGCUAGAUCGUCGGACGGUGAGGAGAGUGGCGAGAGCGAUGAGGUUCAGAGCUCGUAUAAAGGGCCGCUGGAUAUGAUGGACUCCUUGGAGGAGGUUUUACCUGUCAGAAAAGGCAUCUCAAAGUUCUACAAUGGAAAAUCAAAGUCUUACACAAGUCUGGCUGAUGCCUCUGUUUCCUCCAUGAAGGAGAUUGCAAAGCCGGAGAAUGCCUAUUCCAAGAAACGAAGGAAUCUCAUGGCUUACAAUCUUGUGUGGGACAAGAAUCGGAGUUUCCCCCUCAAGAAUAACGGUGGUGGGAUAUCAAAAAGACCCAUCAGCUCAAGCAGAAGCUCCCUGGCUUUGGCUGUUGCUAUGAGCAGUUCCGAAAGUAACUGCAGUGAGGAUUCAAACUCCAGCUCAUAUUCAGGCUCUCCACCGCCUCGCCCACCUCUGCACCCACAAUCUAGAGCAUCUAACUGCAAUCUGGCUUCCAUGGUGCCACCUCAACGAAAUUUCUCCACUUGGCGUUCAUAUUCCUUGGCUGAUUUACAAGAGUGCGGCACCUCGGCUAAUAAGGCCAAUCUAACAAAUCUCAACUGACCUGAAAGAUUUCCAUCUCCUGCUUAUAGGUACGCAGGAGACCUUUUAACUGUUCUGGGGACCCUGAAAUAGGAGGCUUUUCUAGUAUGAUUUUAGCUCGUAUGGUCGAUACUGUACUCCCUAUAUAUUAUAAACCAAAACUUUCAUGUCUCAUUGUUUAUACUGAAAUGGGGAUAUGAAGUUAGAGUAAAGCAUAAGGUAGCAGCAGAUGUUUGAGUCACUUUCGUCAACACCUGUCUGUACUGGCCUAAGACAACCAACCCAACUACUCACCCACACAUAAACAGCCACCUUGAAGCUUAGUUUGGCCAAUGAUCCACCUCUCAAAUCCUUCUUGGUCCACCAAGAGUGAUACCCAACUGCUAAGAUAGCUCCUAUGCUUACGAAAAUGAUGCAUGGAAAGAUAGGGUGAUCUUCUCCAAUCCAUGUAAUUGACUUUAGAAAUUUAGUUAAGUUAACUGCCUUAUAGGCUUGACAUUGCUUCCCCAAACAAUUUAAGGACACACCAUCUGCACGUUUUGACACAUGUAAUUCACUGGAUUUGGGCUUCUGAUAUUGAUAUUUUCCCAUGAGCUUCAUUUAUGGUACGGCUUCUUUGUUCUAGACCUUGAGAAUGUAAACAUACAUGCACAAUGUUGCAAUUUGCCCGUUGGUUAAGCAUUUGUAAGCAUUCCCAGUGACUUUGAUGAGUUUCUUUUGCUGAUUAUCGUUCAAUAUAGAUGAAUUUGCCUUUU